CUUCCAGAGCUGCCUGGGUUGCUGGAAGGUGCAUUUGCGGCAUGAUGCGCCUGAUUUGAGAAAUUGUAUAUUUUCUGAUGAUAUCAUUGACCAUUGGUGACGCACUUUUAUGGAACUAUACCGUUCGCUUUAGCUGUCAAUGUCCACUAUUCGUUUUUGUCGUUUUUUAAUUAUUUUUACAUUUCAUACCAGUAUGUUCCCUUCGUGCUAUUCAAAGCCGACGAUUUCAAAGGACCUAUUCAAAAGGACUUCUCUGACAAAGAUAUUACUAGGAGUGUUCGUCGUGUAUAUGUCACACACCUGCUGGGUGAUCUAUGGCUUCGUAUACACCAAGCCUUGUGAGAGAGGUAAAGGAGACUGCAUUUCUUCCUACCUUGCAGAAAGACCCCGUCUCCAGCUCAGCAUUUUCUCCAGUUUGAGGCCUGAUGACAGUGAACUCAACCUCAUCAUCCAGAUAGAUGACUUUGACAUACAUUCUAAUUUUGAAAGGGUGGUGAAUGUAUCCCUGCCACUGGCAACACGUAACAACGGGACUCUGCACACAUUGGUUUAUGUACACAAGUUUGGAGUGUCUCCCUUGCAGGAUAACCGGCAGGUCCAUCAUGUUGCCCAGCUCAGCACCUACAUGCUUUCCAAAGGAAAUCUCAGCUCUGCUAAAAAGGUCCUCAAAAAACAUGCUGUCACUGCUCCUCGAGUUGUAGACAGACCCAUCUCUCACUGGAGGUCCCGUCUAACCCUAAACAUGAUGUCAGAGGACUUCACCUUCAACAGAGGGACCUUGCCAAGUGAUGUCCGGCGCUACAUGAGAGUAUUUCAGGAUGAGAACAGGAUGGUAUAUCUCCCAUUUUUACACAUUGAUGAACUCAGCGUCAGGGUAAAGGAUAUGAUGGAGAUUAACGGCUCCACAACCAAACUACCUCUUACAAUAUCCUACGAAGGCCUAUCGCUGAGGCAAUUCCGUUUCUGGAUCCACAUGCAGGAUGUAAUGUUUUCACUGAAACAUUUUGGGUUCACUGAGGUGAAUAUAGAUGAAAUCAAAGGUGUUCUUGUGGACAACAACUUGUACCUGUUAGCAUUGACUACCCUGGUGACUGCAUUCCAUUUCAUAUUUGAAUUCCUGGCCUUUAAAAAUGACAUAAGCUUUUGGAGGAAGAAGAAAAACAUGGUGGGCAUGUCUCGAAAAGCAGUGCUGUGGAGAUGCUUUAGCACCAUAGUGAUUUUCCUGAAAAUGCUGGAGGAACGAAGCAGUUUGCUAGUUCUCAUUCCUGUUGGAAUAGGAAUCAUAAUUGAGGUAUGGAAGGUCAAAAAGGUUUCUAAAAUACAGCUACAGUGGAGAACCUCUAGGUCUAUAGUUCAUGUUGGUAAAUUUGAUGAAUCAGAGAGAAAGACUACACAACAUGACACACAGGCAAUGAAAUGCCUGUCUUAUUUAGUGUACCCUCUGUCUAUUAGUGGAUCCAUAUUCUCUCUGGUAUACCUGAGGUAUAAAAGCUACUAUUCAUGGUUAAUCAACAGCCUUGUCAGUGGGAUUUAUGCUUUUGGAUUCCUUUCUAUGGCUCCUCAGCUGUUCAUUAACUUCAAGUUGAAGUCCGUGGGCCAUUUGCAAUGGAACGUAUUGAUGUAUAAAGCAGUCAAUACAUUCGUCAACGAUGCCUUCGCCUGUGUCUUCAGCACACACCCAUCCCACCAGCUGGGCUGCUUCAGGGAUGAGAUUCUGUUUCUUGUCUACCUUUACCAGAGGAGGCUUUACUCAACAAACAAGACCAGAUGUCGUGAGUAUGGAUCAUGCCACCACAACCACAGGAAACUCAAAGCCCAAUGAUGACUGAGGUUAACACCAGAAAACAGAGUUGAAUGAAGGAAACAUACCUGCACAUGGUGGGGUUGUAAACAGCAUGGGAGAAUCUCUGAGGGUGCAGCGGGUUUAUUAUAAGCCUUUAGGAAAGUUUAUCAUUAGUUUUGUAAGUAGAGAAUACAGCUUAUUUUCUGUCAACCCUGUGUUGUUCAUCAUUAACCACUGAUAUUUCCAUGUGUUAUGACUGACUGUAUGUAGCCUACUGAAGCAUGAACCUUGGUUUAUUUUUAGUGAUACAUAUUAAUACUGCAUUGUUGGGUUUGGAGCUUGCAAGAAAGGCAUUUCACUGUACUUGUGGACAUGACAUUAAAACUUGAAACAGGAAGCUACCCCUCGGCUUGCCUGCACUGCUCCAUAAUACCAGUAUGUAGCCUACUGAAGCAUAAAGCUACCCUUCGCCCUGCCUGCACUGCUCCAUAAUACCAGAUAUAACCAGUAUGUAGCCUACUGAAACAGGAAGCUACCCCUCGCCCUGCCUGCACUGCUCCAUAUUGUCCACAAGGAGGCGGUGUUGUCAGCUCCUUGCUGUACGGUUUUCUGCUUGUUCUUUCAGUCUGCUACUUUCUGUUUGAGAAUAGUACAUGGACAGAUGGGUACUAAAAGGGGGAAAUAGAAACAUGUACAAAAUAUGGAGUAACAUGAAGUACAGUGAACUCCUGAUAAAUUCAAUGGCUUUGGACUGUAAUAUGUGAGAGCUAACUGGAACAUGCACAUAUCCUGUAUGUAUCCAUGAUGUAUUUGAAAUGGGACUAUUGAGCUACAAUGCACUAAUGGAGUUUUUGAACUUCUACAAUGCGCACUUAUCAGGAAUCAACUGUACUUUUAAAUAAUGAAGAUACUGUAAGGUCUUUAAAAAAUGUAGGAAGGCUAGCGUGAUGUUUUUGAAUCACAUUUGUCUACUAGGGUUUAGGAAAUGCCUUUCCUCUUUGAUUAAAUUAUUACAAUUAAAUGAUUUACCUGUAUCUCUGCUGCAUUGUCAUGACUGAACAUUAAAAGCCAGCUUGUUAACCAGCAUGA